AUGCUGAUGGACGCCUACCGUGAAAAACGCCCCGGGAUUCUCAUCGCCUACAGAACGGACGGUCAACUGCCCAACCACCGGAGGAUGCACUUCCAAUCGCGUGUUUGUACAACCACCGUCCAAAAACUUCUCUUCGCCGAUGACUGCGCCCUCAAUUCAACUAAUCAAGGAGACGUGCAAAGGAGCAUGGAUCUUUUCUCCACCGCCUGCGAGAACUUUGGCCUGUUGAUCAACACGGAGAAGACGGUAGUCAUGCGCCAAUCGCCACUAAACACUGCCCAUAUCGCGCCGCAAAUCACCGUGAACGGUACCCAACUGCAAGUGGUGGACAACUUCACCUAUCUGGACUGCACCCUCUUCCGCAGCACCAAAAUCGAAGAUGAAGUGGGCCGCCGGAUUCUCAAGGCCAGUUAA